ACUAAACCAAAUAUUGCGAUCAUUAUAAAAAAUUGUAAAAUCACAAUAAUAAUAAAUAAUUAAAUAAAAAGAAUAUCCUACAGACAGUAAUCAAUUUUUAUUAUUAAACUAAAGACAGGGUAAACCAUUUAGUAGAUCUUUGUAUAAGUAUAGUCAACCCGAAGAAAAAGUUGGACAGCGUCAUGUACUCGAUGUUGUAUACUUUGUUGGUCUGCAGUACCAUAUCUAUGAAGUCUAUAUCAGCUGUUACCCCAGUAACGGACUUGAGAUGUAGUGAAACGGUUCCUGCUAAUGGUUGUGAGUAUAUAUGUCUGUCGAAUGGCGACUGUGCAUCUAACGAAUUGUGUUGUCCGGACCAAGGUUGUGGAACGGUUUGUUGGCCGUUUGACCCAUGCGACCCAUCACCGUGUCAAAAUGGCGGAACGUGCAUUGCAGACGGAAGAGAUUUCACCUGUCUGUGCAAGAAUGGAUUUGAGGGAGAAGUUUGUAAAUCACCUGUUACCCCAGUAACGGACUCGAGAUGUACUGCAACGGUUCCUGCUAAUGGUUGUGAGAUUAUAUGUCUGUCGAAUGACGGCUGUGCAUCUAACGAAUUGUGCUGUCCAGACCAAGAUUGUGGAACGGUUUGUUGGCCGUUUGACCCAUGCGACCCAUCACCGUGUGAAAACGGUGGAACGUGCGUUGCAGACGGAAGAGAUUACACUUGUGUGUGCAAGAAGGGAUUUAAGGGAGACGAUUGUAAACAUCCUAGUUCCAAAUGUCCAUUCCAUAUGCCAGAAGUUACCUGCAAACCGGAUUUGUGUUCUGAUUCUCCAUGCCGACUGCUUCCACAAUUGAUCUGCAGAAUAAGUAGAUGUGGACGCUGCAAGACUCGCUUCUACAAUCGUUUUGGUGUUGAAUUUCCUUGCAAUUUACUAGUUGGAUUGUUCUUAAAAUGAACAUUCGCUUUAAGGCAUGAGGCAUCCAUUCAUCUGAAUAAAUUUGAUACUUUCAUCUA